CACAGAUAACAGUAAGAGAGAACGGCUGUCUGUUUGAGAAUAAGAGCUACAUGAUUAAAUUACAUCCUACAGUUACGUAAUAAGGUUUAAUAUACCGCAAAACCUAAAUAUCUGUGACAAUUUUACAUCUUAUUCCCCUCAACUUCGCUCAACUGUCUCUGGUAGGAACCAAAGUACUUGUGCUUCACUUCGGGGAGUUUUCUCCGUUGGACACUUCAUUUAGUCCACUGAGUGUUACGUGUAUUUGUGUCCGUCCUGAGGUCUGGUGAAAGUCAUGGCGGGUCCUGAUCUGAUAAAAACUCUUCUUUACACCGUUAAUAAUCUGCUGCAGCAGGAGCAGUACAAAGCAGCAUUAGCUGUGGUGAAAGGAUUCAGAAACGGAGCCGUAUAUGGAGCCAAAAUCAGAGCACCUCAUGCCCUGGUAAUGACAUUUUUAUUCAGAAGUGGAAGUUUAAAGGACAAACUCAAAGCCAUUCUGAAGGCGACAUACACCCAUUCCCGCAACCUAGCCUACUUUGUAUUCACAUACAAAGGACUUCAAGCACUGCAACAGAAGAUCCAGGGAAAGAGUUUACAGUCUCACUCAUUUCUGGCUGCCUGCAUCGGGGGAUGGCUGGUGUUUGGAGACAACAACAACAUCAACAGCCAGAUCAACAUGUACCUGCUGUCCAGGAUCCUGUUUGCUCUAUCUCGGUUGGGUGUAGAGAAAGGAUUUAUACCCCAGCCUAAACAUGACCCUUUCCCUCUGUUUGCCACUCUGGUGUGGGGCAUUGUGUUGUGGUUGUUUGAGUAUUACCCACACACCCUUCAGCCAUCACUGCAGUCCUCUAUGAACUACCUCUACCACGACAGCAACGUAUGGCACGACAUCUCAGACUUUCUUAUUUAUAAUAAGCCACGGACUUCUGCUUAGGAAAAGAAGACUUGGACCAUUCAUCUACUAUCCAAUAAUUGCAAUAUUACUUUUUUAAUGAUUUCCAGAUACUUAUUGAAUGUUGCCUUUUUUUAAUUGUUUCCAGAAUAUAGUUUGUCUGUCACUUUUUAUUUUUAAAUGUUUGAAUCAUAUACAUAAUUGUUUUCUUGAUUAUCAUCUCUAAAUAUACUUAAAAAUAAUAUUAACUAAAAUAAGCUUUAAUUGUCAACAUUUGUGUGUCUACAUGAUUUUUCCUGCUGAUACUUUGAUGGAAAGGUGCUACAAAAUAAACUGUAAAACAAUCAACUCUCGAAACAUAAUUACUGUUAUUUUUUGUUAAUCUGCACAGAAACACUUCAUUUCACCAGUGACUGAAAGAUCGGCAUCACUUGAUUUGAUUUAGAAAUGUUCACAUUUUUUUCAGUUAAAAACUUCCCUGUUCUCGAUGAUACACAGAAAAAGUGCACAAAUGUUUCAUACUAUUUUUUCUUCACUUUCUUGAAAUCUUUCAAAACUUGUUAAACUUCUGAAUCUUUUCUACAAAUGUUAUUCAAUUUUGAUGAAAACUUCCUCACUAUUGAGAUUAAGCAUUAUUAUUUGCAUUUGUUUUUAAAGAUAACAUGGUGCUUUGGAAAACUGUAAGGCUUUAGGUCAGUUUCUCAUGUUCCUAAAUUAGAAAAACAUUGUGGUUAAGUUCACUGUUGUGAUCUUUGGAAAAUACAGGUGUGGUGGAUCAUUUUGUUCUCUCACGUAAGAAUUCAAUAAUGUAUAAUAAUAUAUAAUUUCUAAUCCUCUUUGAUUAGGUCAAACCUGUUUCUUUUUGUGUUUGUCAAAGGGCUGUAUCAUGACUUUCGCAAUCACAUUCAUCAAAACAAGUAGAGCUGCAGCAGUAAGUCAUAGUGUCUGCAAAAGAUUCCUGCAAUAGCACUGAUCUGAGUGCAGGGAAGUGCAAUGGGCAGAAAAGCGAAUAUUACAACUGUUUACCAUUUGUAAACAAUCUCGUGUGAAACUAUGUACAUUUGUGUACAUGAUAUUUAUGAUCAUCAGUGAUGGAAUGUGAUUCAUAUUGUAAUUAACUACUCAUGUCUU